UUUCCCUCGAGAUGGCCACUUUCUUCGUGUUUCUUUUCAUAAUUCUCCCUAAAAGACAUAUCUGACGGUAAAGACUUCCGUCCUCACCGGUUCUCUCAGCACGUCAACGUCUACAGUCUAUCUCUGCAGUUCAAAGGUGUUACUCUUAGAAUGUUCAUCGCCGCCCGACAUGCUAUGCGACGACUGUCGACAGCUGAUACAACAAUCUGAGCUGCUCUCACCUGACGGGCAGGUUACGCGUGAAGUCACGACCACCGAGUUCGAGGCCGCCAUCAAGGCGAAAUGCUACUUGUGCACAAGGCUGCGUAUUCAACUUGGAGAUGGGAAGUGGACGCACAUCCUCUCGGACCUACCAAAGGACAACUUGAUCGCCUUCGACAAGUCGCUUACUGCUGCACCUAAUUUCAGUCUUGUCAGGUUAGGAUGCAAAUUGACCCCGAUCGUCGGCCAUGAUCUUAAUGGUUUACCCACUGAGGGAAAGGGUUACUCAUACGGUUACCUUCAAGUCACUGUUGCCCCUCAAACCUCAAGGUGGGCUUUUUUCCCUUCGCGUUUACUGCAUCAUUCUCACUUCCUGUCUUCACUUUGGCCUGGAAGUUGUCUGAUAGAGGACCGGAUGAAGACCACCAAAUGUUCCUGUCAUUACUGCAGUCAAGAAUGCAGCCUCUACCUCAGAUUCCAGAGUGCUUGACCUGAUUCGACACUGGCUUGAACACUGCGUCUGGUCGGCCUCCCAUCCGGAAUGCCUGCAGCAACUACAACAGCCGAUGAUCUACCCUAGCCGCUUGAUCGACGUAGGUGCUAGCGGCGGACAUGAUGACUUUUGGAGGUUGGCGAUUGUUGCGCGCGAAGAGUUGUCAGGCCCAUAUAUCACUUUAAGUCACAGAUGGGGGCAAGAUAUGCUCAAACUUGAGCAAGAUACUCAGGAAGCUAUGCUUCGUGGGAUGCCUUUGUCUGUCCUUCCUGACACAUAUCAGGACGCCAUUCUAGUGGCCAGACAUCUAGGCGUUCGCUAUCUCUGGAUCGACUCGUUAUGUAUACGUCAAGAUGAAUUGAAAGACAUUCAGCAAGAGGCAGUCGGCAUGGCAGAAGUUUUUGGCAACGCCUUGUGUAAUAUCUCGGCCCUGUCAGGAAGGCAAGACGGUCUGUUUAAUACACGGGACCCCGAAGUGGUUAGCAGCGACAGUGUACGUCUGGACGCAGAGGAUCAUGAGCUCUCGAAGUCGUACCUCAUCAACGACCUACAAUUAUGGAGAGGAGAGCUCAUUCAUAUGCCUCUGACAACCCGUGGCUGGGUGCUUCAAGAGGAAAUCCUUGCCCCUCGUACUGUCUACUUCGGUGCUCGGCAAGUUCUUUGGGAAUGCUCAGGCUUUCGAGCUUGUGAGACUUAUCCAACCAUGCAACACAAAAGGCCUGUUGAGAUCCUACCCGAUGUUGACAAGGAUCGCUACUUCCUGCAUGACGAAGAAAUAGGACCAAUCGCUUCGGUGCUUGAGGCUUCUAGACGGGCAGGGGGCGAUCAAAGAUUCGAGCUUCAUCCAUUUCAGUCGACGCUUUUCACUGUUUGGACGAGCUUUGUUGGACACUAUUCUCUUCGCCACCUGUCAUUCCAAGCUGACAAGAUUCUAGCCGUGGCGGGUGUCUCAAAACUGUUCGGUGUGGUCAUGAAAGAUCAGUUUCUCGCCGGACUCUGGCGCAAGCAUCUCAUGCACGGCCUGCUGUGGUACAUCCGACCAAACUCGAAGUCUGUUCCUCCCACCGAAUAUCGUGCCCCGUCAUGGUCUUGGGCGUCCAAGGAUGGGUAUGUGGUGCAUGCAGAGCCUGCUAGUAACUCCUGGAUCGUGGCUAGAGCGCUAGAGGUAAGCUGCACUACGUCUGAUGGCAGUGAAUUUGGGAUGGUCAUCUCGGCUAUGCUCCAUCUUCAAGCGCCCAGCUUGGAUUUGUCAGUCGACCAAUACGGCGUGUGGACGAUAUCCAAAGUUCCAGGUGUUGUUGUGCGCCUCGAUUCGACUGAAGAUCUCAGCUCAACAAGACGCGCCCUUGCCAUUAUCAUACGAACGAGCGCAUACCGACUCAUCGAUUCGCAUCCUGGUUCGGCUCGCAAAGUUAUUCUUGCAGCUCAAGGAAUUGUUCUUGCGGCGUGUAUCGAUCCGGCUAGUGGUGGUGCAUCUGCCACUUAUACGCGGAUUGGAUACUUUGCGGUGGAAGAUCGCAGAAGGAACACAUUGACUCCCAACUGGUUGCCCCUCGGGUGCACGAUCUUUCCUGAACCAAUCGGACCAAAUCCAGAACGACAGCAGAGUGCUGAGACAUUCCGGUUCGAUGAGCAGGGGGAGUUUCUGGAGAGUUUCCACAUCAUCUAGCCACUUGGGACAGGUGACACAACAUAUACCAGAGGAGCUACACGGAGGAGUCUCAGACCUGACAGCAUAUGUGGUGAGAGGAUUGGGUGGGAGGUCAAGAGCGACAAGCGCACGGGGACACCGACUGGAGUCGUCGCUGAUGAUGGCUCCAAAGCACAACAUGCUGCUCUCGAAGCAAGCCCAGCUGCUGGGUUUCGGCACGGUCAAUGGCAACGAUCAUGGCCAUAAGCACAGUCGACGCCGCAGGGAGACUACAGUACGUUCAUAAAGGGAGGAUACAGUCAAGCGCAUAGGUAUGAAAGGGCUUCAGCGCCUCAAUAUUAGCAGGCAUGACGAAAGAGCUUACGAUGGAACUAUGCUAGGACAUGGAUGGUCUUCCAGUAGAGCAAAGAUGUGAGACCAAGCAGCAUUUCUCCAAGGUUAAGUGCUGGCUACUUGUGCAGUCCUUGCAGCUUUUCGACGAAGUCGAAGCUUUAUUUCUGUGCUACGUAGUUUCUGGGGUUAUUUUUCAUACAGAUCCUGUUAAUCUACAGGCGACUGUCCAAUGAAGUGUCCUUCAC